UUCUCCUGAGAUUCUUGAUCUCACUGAGACAUACGCACGUCAUUGGUGCGGGUGUGUCAGAUUUUACUCCGGAGUUUUUCAUCACUUGGAGGCCGUUGGUUUAUGGGCUAGUCCAGCUAUAAAGCAGGUAAACAGAAUGGAUCACCGCUGGGUCUGUUUGAGUAUCUCCCUGGCAUUACUGGCGGGCACGGCGAGAAGCCAAGAUCCGUGCAUGCCCAGCGACUACAUUGAACUGAAUGAGGCAUGGCGGAACGUCCAACAGGUCAACGAUGGUAACCAAAAUAUGUGUGACAGUGGGUUUGCCGGAGAGUGGUACCGCUUCACGGGUGCUGCGGGAAAUGCCAUGCCGACACAGGCACCACCCAGCAAGCACAGGUGCGGUACCGACGCCCCGAUGUGGAUGAACGGGCAACAUCCCACCCUUGCUGACGGCCAAGUCUCCCGCCGGGCGUGUGCAUUGUACGGCAGUGACACCUGUCUAUGGUACACAACCAUCAAGGUGCGGGCCUGCAGCGGCGGCUACUUCGUGUAUAAACUCCCCGGGAUUCCUACGUGCAACGUACUUAACAUGGUCUACUGUGGCGACUGCUCGCCCAACCCGUGCCACGCCCAGGCCACCUGCACAGCUAACCCCGCCCCUUCACUGGACGUAACUUGUACCUGUAACACAGGAUAUACAGGAGAUGGUCGCGCUGACGGAACUGGAUGUUCAGACAUCAACGCCUGCUCGCCCAACCCGUGCCACGCCCAGGCCACCUGCACAGAUAACCCCGCCCCUUCACUGGACGCAACUUGUACCUGUAACACAGGAUAUACAGGAGAUGGUCGCGCUGACGGAACUGGAUGUUCAGACAUCAACGCCUGCUCGCCCAACCCGUGCCACGCCCAGGCCACCUGCACAGAUAACCCCGUCCCUUCACUGGACGCAACUUGUACCUGUAACACAGGAUACACAGGAGAUGGUCGCGCUGACGGAACUGGAUGUUCAGACAUCAACGCCUGCUCGCCCAACCCGUGCCACGCCCAGGCCACCUGCACAGAUAACCCCGCCCCUUCACUGGACGCAACUUGUACCUGUAACACAGGAUAUACAGGAGAUGGUCGCGCUGACGGAACUGGAUGUUCAGACACCAAUGUCUGCUCGAACUCGCCCAACCCGUGCCACGCCCAGGCCACCUGCACAGAUAACCCCGCCCCUUCACUGGACGCAACUUGUACCUGUAACACAGGAUAUACAGGAGAUGGUCGCGCUGAUGGAACUGGAUGUUCAGACACCAAUGUCUGCUCGAACUCGCCCAACCCGUGCCACGCCCAGGCCACCUGCACAGAUAACCCCGCCCCUUCACUGGACGCAACUUGUACCUGUAACACAGGAUAUACAGGAGAUGGUCGCGCUGACGGAACUGGAUGUUCAGACAUCAACGCCUGCUCGCCCAACCCGUGCCACGCCCAGGCCACCUGCACAGAUAACCCCGCCCCUUCACUGGACGCAACUUGUACCUGUAACACAGGAUAUACAGGAGAUGGUCGCGCUGACGGAACUGGAUGUUCAGACACCAAUGUCUGCUCGAACUCGUCCAACCCCUGCCACGCCCAGGCCACCUGUACAGAUCACCCCGCCCCUUCACUGGACGCCAACUGUACCUGUAACACAGGAUAUACAGGAGACGGUCGCACUUACGGAACUGGAUGUUCAGACAUCAAUGCCUGCUCGAACUCGUCCAACCCCUGCCACGCCCAGGCCACCUGUACAGAUCACCCCGCCCCUUCUCUGGACGCAACUUGUACCUGUAACACAGGAUAUACAGGAGAUGGUCGCGCUAACGGAACUGGAUGUUCAGACAUCAACACCUGCUCGAACUCGUCCAACCCGUGCCACGCCCAGGCCACCUGUACAGAUCACCCCGCCCCUUCACUGGACGCCAACUGUACCUGUAAAGUCGGAUAUACAGGAGAUGGCCGAGCUAACGGAACUGGAUGUUCAGAUAUUAACGCCUGCUCGAACUCGUCCAACCCGUGCCACGCCCAGGCCACAUGUACAGAUCACCCCGCCCCUUCACUGGACGCCAACUGUACCUGUAACACAGGAUAUACAGGAGACGGUCGCACUAACGGAACUGGAUGUUCAGACAUCAACACCUGCUCGAACUCGUCCAACCCCUGCCACGCCCAGGCCACCUGUACAGAUCACCCCGCCCCUUCACUGGACGCCAACUGUACCUGUAAAGUCGGAUACACAGGAGAUGGCCGAACUAACGGAACUGGAUGUUUAGACAUCAACGCCUGCUCGAACUCGUCCAACCCCUGCCACGCCCAGGCCACCUGUACAGAUCACCCCGCCCCUUCACUGGACGCCAACUGUACCUGUAACACAGGAUAUAUAGGAGACGGUCGGACUAACGGAACUGGAUGUUCAGACAUUAACGUCUGCUCGAACUCGUCCAACCCGUGCCACGCCCAGGCCACCUGUACAGAUCACCCCGCCCCUUCACUGGACGCCAACUGUACCUGUAAAGUCGGAUAUACAGGAGACGGUCGGACUAACGGAACUGGAUGUUCAGACAUCAACGCCUGUUCUCCCAACCCGUGCCAUGUGAACGCCACCUGCACAGACAACCCCGCCCCAGCCCUGGACGCCAGCUGUGCUUGUAACGCUAAUUAUACCGGGGACGGUGUCAUCAAUGGAACUGGAUGUUCACUGCAGGCCGGAGCUGCAAACUUUGCAUUUUUUCCGCCACUUGCUUAUACUUUGAUGGUCGUUUUGUCAGUCUGUGGUUUCGCUUUAGCUGGAUGCGUGGUACAUUCCAAAAGGGCCCGCAGUUAUGACACAACUUAAUACGGUGACACCUAACAUUCUAUAGAAUCUGUUUUCAAUUGCCAAUCCUUAGUUUAAAACUGAAAACAUGGCAUUA